AUGCGAGCCACUCGCCAUGCGUCUAAGCUGGCCCAGUCUUCCCGCCAAUUGGCUGUCUACACCUCUCGCAGAUCCUAUGCAACGGCGGAACCCGACUUGAAAACCGCUCUGAAAUCGGUCAUCCCCGCCAAACGCGAACUCCUACAGCAAGUGAAACAGCAGAGCGACGAGAUUAUCGGAGAGGUCAAGGUUGGCAAUGUCAUCGGUGGCAUGCGUGGUCUCAAGUCCAUGCUCUGGGAGGGCUCCGUGCUCGACCCCGACGAGGGCAUCCGAUUCCACGGCAAGACCAUCAAGGACUGCCAGAAGGAGCUCCCCAAGGGCACCACCGGCACCGAGAUGCUGCCCGAGGCCAUGUUCUGGCUGCUCCUGACCGGCCAAGUCCCCUCCACUGGCCAAGUCCGUGCCUUCUCGCGUGAAUUGGCCGAGAAGUCCCAUCUGCCCCAGCACAUCCUUGACCUGAUCAAGUCAUUCCCCCGCUCGAUGCACCCCAUGACCCAGCUAUCCAUUGCGGUCGCUGCCCUCAACACCGAGUCCCAGUUUGCCCAGGCCUACGAGAAGGGUCUGAACAAGGCCGAAUACUGGGAACCCACCUUCGACGACAGCAUCUCUCUGCUCGCUAAGAUCCCCCGUGUCGCAGCGCUCGUCUUCCGUCCGGGCGAGAUCGACACCGUCGGCACUCAGGCCCUGGACGCCGCCCAGGAUUGGUCACACAAUUUCGCCGAGCUCCUGGGCAAGGGCGGCGCGCAGAACCAGGACUUCCACGAUCUGCUGCGUCUGUACUUGGCUUUGCACGGAGACCACGAGGGUGGCAACGUCUCUGCCCACGCUACCCACCUGGUUGGCAGCGCCCUCAGCGAUCCCUAUCUUAGCUACAGCGCCGGGCUGCUAGGUCUCGCAGGUCCUCUGCACGGUCUCGCCGCUCAAGAAGUGCUCCGAUGGAUUCUCGCCAUGCAGGAUAAGAUCGGCACCAAGUUCACGGACGAAGAUGUGCGCACUUACCUCUGGGACACCUUGAAAUCCGGUCGUGUGGUUCCGGGGUACGGCCAUGGCGUCCUUCGGAAGCCGGACCCACGGUUCCAGGCGCUGAUGGACUUUGCCGCCACUCGUCCGGACGUUCUGGCCAACCCGGUCUUCCAAUUGGUGAAGAAGAACUCGGAAAUCGCCCCCGGGGUUUUGACCGAGCACGGCAAGACCAAGAACCCUCACCCUAACGUCGACGCCGCAUCAGGUGUGCUCUUCUACCACUACGGCUUCCAGCAGCCGCUCUACUACACCGUCACCUUCGGUGUCAGUCGCGCCUUGGGACCUCUGGUGCAACUCAUCUGGGACCGCGCCCUGGGCCUUCCCAUCGAGCGACCCAAGAGCAUCAAUCUGCUCGGAUUGAAGAAAUGA